UGCAGCCAAACACUGUCUUUAGCUCGCGGAACAUGUCAGCUGGGUGAUGACGUGGCGAGUUAUUGGGUUAGCCAUCUAUCUAUUGGGCCACGGCCUAUGUCGAUCAGCACUUUGAGAAUAGAAUUUCAGGUGUCGCGCGUUGGGGUUUUGGGUGGAUGAUAGCCGAAGAAAGAUCGCAGUGAGACUUGGUGCAAAUCGCCGGCAGACUCAAAUGAAAGUUUACCACGUUCCUUGCUUGGAGGAUAACUACUCGUAUCUCAUCGUCGAUGAGAGCUCGAAAGAAGCGGCAGUAGUAGAUCCAGUGGAGCCCGAGAAGGUUCUAGAAGCUGCCAAACAACACGGCGUCCUUCUCAAGCUCGUUAUCACCACCCACCAUCACUGGGAUCACGCAGGUGGAAAUGAUAAAAUAAAGCAGCUGGUACCUGGGAUUAAGGUCUAUGGUGGUUCCGUCGAUAAUGUCAGGGGUUGCACUGAUAAAGUGGAAAACGGUGAUAAGCUCCAUCUUGGCGCUCAUGUCGACAUACUAUGUCUUCACACACCUUGCCACACCAAAGGUCAUAUUAGUUAUUAUGUGACUAGCAAAGAGGAAGAGGACCCAGUUGUUUUCACUGGAGAUACAUUGUUUAUUGCUGGUUGUGGGAAAUUUUUUGAGGGAACAGCGGAGCAGAUGUAUCAAUCGUUAUGUGUUACAUUGGGUUCAUUGCCAAAGCCAACUCGAGUAUAUUGUGGCCAUGAGUACACGGUGAAGAACUUGCAGUUUGCUCUGACAGUUGAACCAGAGAAUGUGAAGAUACAGCAAAAGUUAACUUGGGCUCAGCAUCAGCGGCAAGCAGGCCUCCCCACUAUUCCCUCAACUAUUGAGGAAGAAUCGGAAACAAAUCCAUUCAUGCGGGUUGAUCUGCCAGAGCUCCAGGCGGUGGUUGGUUGUCAGUCUCCUGUGGAAGCUCUCCGGGAGAUAAGACAGCGGAAGGACAACUGGAGGGGCUAACUGAUGAUCUGCGUGAUGUUGUUCUUUCUUUGUAUGUGUGCCUCGGUCUGUAUGUGUGAUUGUGAAUAUAGUCAUGCGGUUUAUAAAAUACUACACCUCAGUGCUGCUUUGCAUGGGUUGAGGAUACUGACGUCUGUGUUUAUGACGGACAAGUUGAAUAAACCGCAUGGGUUGUUUUUCAUGAUACAAUUUUCAUAAUUGCAUGUAGUUUUUGUAUUUUGCUGAAACGUUGGAGGUCUAUUACCCCUGCACAGGAGAAAGUGAAAUGGUACACCUCUGUUUGGUACUCA